AUGAAAAAUAACCAUUUCAACAUGUUUUUCCCAAUGCUUUGUAUCUUUACACUACUCUCCUACACUUACUUAGAGCAUCCAACCCUCAUUGAAGCAAGUCAAACUCGAACCAAAAAUGGGUUCACUCUCGACUUAAUCCACCGUUAUUACUCACCAAUAUCGCCUUCCUACAACAACUCCAUGUCUUCUAAAGAACUCUUCCGCCGAGUACUCCUUUCCUCGGCCUCAAGGUACCAAGAAAUUUUAUCGCAACAACUAGAAACAAAACAACUUCAGACUAAUUUAAUUCCGAAUGAAGGAGAUUACCUUGUGAAACUUACCGUUGGUACUCCAUCUAUAGACUUAUUCGCGGUUUUAGUAACAAAUAGUGAUCUAACAUGGUUUCAAUGCUUACCAUGUACCCUUUGUUACACACAAAACACAACAUUUUUCGACCCUCAAAUUUCCUCGACCUAUAAUACUUUAGGUUGCGAUGCACAACUUUGCAAUAGUCUUGAUUCUACUCAUACAAACUGUGAUCAAAGUAACGAUUUCUGUCGAUAUUGGUAUUCGUAUGGCAAUGGGACUAGUCUUACGGAAGGAGUCAUGGGAACCGACUCGUUUUACUUCACAUCGAAUAAUGAUGGAACUCAACAACUCGACUUUACAUCCAUUCUAUUCGGGUGUGGCUCUCAGCAAAACGAGCAAUUCGAUAUGAACUCUGCAGGUGUUUUAGGUCUAGGAAAUGGACCUAUUUCACUAGUAUCCCAAUUAGGCUCCUCAAUUGACUAUAAAUUCUCUUAUUGUUUACCCUUUUUUGACUCAAAUCAAGCAACAAAAUUGAGAUUUGGUAGUAAUCUUUACCAAAAUUCUCCAGGAGAAAUUCUGACAGUUCCUUUACUAGCUAGUACUAGUGCACCAAACUUCUAUAAUCUUGGCUUAAAUGGGAUUAGUAUUGGGCAGACGCGAAUGAGCCUAAACCGAGAAAUAAGCAUAGACACCGGAACUUCCCUUACUUACGUAAACCCAUUGAUCUUCUAUAAUCUCGAAGCUAUGGUUAGUAGUGCUAUAGGGGCAAACCCGGUUUCUAAUGAUCCUAGUGUGGACGGUUUGUUAUGUUACGAUACAGUUACAACCACGGUUUUAAGUCUUCCUGAUAUAACUUUUCAUUUGAUUGGGGGGGACUUGGUAUUCAAGUCACGUAACAUUUUCGUUUCGUAUGAUACUUACGUGUGCUUGUCGAUUGCUAUGUCGUCUAAUGAUGGAGAUCCAAUGGUGAUCGGGAAUAUGGCUCAGAUUAAUUUUGAGAUCGAGUUUGAUUUACUAAGCCAGACAGUUAGCUUUGCUCCUACAGACUGUUCUUAUUGAGUUAAAUAUCAUUUCUUUUGUUCUUGAAUGAAUGUUUGGAAGAAUUAUGUAUCUUUAGAAUGUGUAUGAUUAGGUUAAGUAUGUUUAUCGUAAUAUCUACCUGUAUUCUAUGGAUAUAAUGUAUGUUAUGCUGAAUCAUAAAUCAAAGUCUUUCAAUUUAUUAAUAACAGUUAAAGUGUCUAUUUGUUACUCAUACGUGAGUUGUUCCACAUCGGAAAAAAAGAUAAGAAUAUAAAUCACUUUAAAUUUAGGGAGUAACUCCUAAGACUAUUAAUUGGUUUUA